UUUCCUGCUACUGUCCCACGUUGUCACGUUGACCAAGUCAAAAUAACCAAGGGGAUAACGUUAAACUCCAAGAUGUAUAUAUAAAUGAAUAUUUGCAACUCCACAUACAUACACAUAUUCACAAAAUAAGAAAUAUUUAUUUAGCAAAUAAAAAUGGCCAACUUAGGUUUAAUUACGGUCUCUUCUUUGGCAAUAUUAUUCCUAUCUGCAGCCAUUCAACUCGGCUCCGCCAUGGAAUACAGUGUCACCAACACCGCCGCAGAUACUCCCGGCGGCGCCAAAUUUGAGACGGAUAUCGGCGGCGAAUACAGCCUGGAAACCCUCGACGCCGCCACAACAUUCAUAUGGGGAAUAUUCCAGCAGGACAAUCCUUCCGACCGGAAAAGCAUUGACCGGGUCAACUUGUUCAUUGAUGACAUGGACGGGGUUGCCUAUGCUGUCAAUGAUGAAAUCCACGUCAGCGCCAGGUACAUCGGAGGUUACUCCGGCGACGUGAAGAUAGAGAUCACCGGCGUUCUAUACCACGAAAUGACGCACAUCUGGCAGUGGAACGGAAACGGGCAGGCGCCGGGCGGCUUGAUUGAAGGGAUAGCCGAUUUUGUGAGGUUGAAAGCCGGCUACGCGCCGAGCCACUGGGUGGCCCCGGGUCAGGGUGACAGGUGGGACCAAGGGUAUGACGUCACCGCCAGGUUCCUUGACUACUGUGAUGAGCUCAGCAGUGGGACUUUUGUUGCUGAACUCAACAAGAAGAUGAGAGAUGGUUACAGUGACGGUUUCUUUGAGGACUUGCUUGGAAAAUCUGUUGACACUCUCUGGAUGGACUACAAAGCUAGAUAUAACAAUUGACGGGGUCAAUUUGAAACAAAUUAAAAAGCCUUAUAUAUGCUUGGAUUUAUAUUUAUUUAUAAUUAAGUAUAAA